GGAUGUUGAAUUGUUUUGAUCAGUGGAUUUCUCGCAUAACUCGAAACCUUAUCAAGUAUUAUUUCAUGCCCUGAUAUUUUACUGUGAAGUGAUGUAACAGCUUGCUGACAUUAUGCCAACGACAAACAGAAAGAAGCAGAAGCAGGGGAGGGACACUGCCGUACAGGGAACCAAUGACAGCAGUGUGGUGAGCAAGGUAUCUGCUGCAGCACAGGGCUACUUCCACGAUGUCUUCCUGCAGCACUUUGUGUGCAAAGUUGCCAGGAGAGCCCCACUCAUCAACAGGGGCUACUAUGUGCGCUGGAGGGCUGUGGACCACUGUGUGCGGAGGUUCCUACACGUUACUGAGAACUGCCCCAAGAGACAGAUUUUGUCGUUGGGCGCAGGGUUCGACUCUCUGUAUUUUCGCCUACGGGCCGAUGAAGCACUUGACAGGGCUGUCGUGUUUGAGGUAGAUUUUCCUGAUGUUUCCCGACGCAAGGCUGCCCUGAUCAAUUCUAACAUCACACUGAGGGAGAUGUUAGACGCCCAUCUACCUUCUCUUACAGGACCUGUAUAUGUGUCUAGUGGUCAGUACCACCUGCUAGGGGUGGAUGUUAGAGAGGAGUCCCAGGUGGAAGAGGCUCUGGGUGCAGCUGGGCUGGACUGGGUUGCCCCAACCCUUAUUCUCUCUGAGGUGGUGCUUACCUACAUGGAAACACAAUGGUCGGAUGCUGUCAUUAGUUGGGUGGCAAAGCUCUUGCCGCAGUCACUCUUUGUUAUAUAUGAGCAGAUACAUCCACACGAUCCCUUUGGUCAGAUCAUGCAAGAUCAUUUCCUGAAACUAAACUCAACUCUCCACGCCCUCCGUCAGUACCCAGACUCUGCUGCACAGAGACACAGGUUCUUGGACAAGGGCUGGGAGCAGUGUGUGUGUCUGGAUAUGAAUGUCUUCUACCUCAGGCUGGUCCCUGAGGAGGAGCGAUGCAGAGUGGAGAGUCUGGAGCCUUUUGAUGAACAUGAGGAGUGGCACCAGAAAUGUUCCCACUACUUCAUCCUCACUGCAUGUCGAGGAUCUUUGAUGGCACAGGCUUUACUCACACAUGCUCCAGUAUCUCCAGUGCCGUCCAUUUGCCCAUCUUGGAGCCCCAUAGCCCUGAGUGUGCGGCCCAUACCGGUUUGUAUGGAGGGGCUGGGGAUGGCUACCUCCUUGGUGGGGCCAGGGCAGGUCCUGCUAACAGGAGGCUCUAGCAGAGGAGGCAGGGGGGCGGUGACCAGGAUCCUCUUCAGGGGCCAGGAAGGCUGGAGAUCUGUCAGUGUGGAACCAUCAUUAGAUUUGGGUGUUCGACUCUACCACACUGUUACCUGUUUUCCUGGAGGAGGUAUUGUGGUAUACGGUGGUCGCUCCUCUCCACUCAACCCAAUCGGGGGCCUUUUCAGAGUAACCCUGGACCCCAGUGGUCCACCUGGUCCUCUCGACUCGGAGGACCGAGACUCAGUGAAACUUUGUGUAGAGCGUAUGGUUUGUACAGGUGAUCCACCACCGGCAAGAUGGAGGCACACCGCUUCUGUGGUCAGUCACAAAGGCGAAUGCUUCCUGUUCGUGUUUGGUGGAAAGAAUGAAUCAGAGGUAGUUCUGGGUGGUGGCUACUUCCUCUGUCAACACCAGCAGCGCUGGACUGAGAUCCCAGUAGAGGGAGCAGCACCAGAGGCCCGCCAUUCCCACUCAGCAUGCUCAUAUCAGGGAGGUGUGGUGGUGUUUGGGGGACUAAACAGAGGGGGAGUGCCGCUGGGGGACACAGUGCUGUUAAGGCCAAAUGAAAGAGGCUUCUGCUGGGAAAGAAUUGAGGUGCGGCCGUCUCCUGUUCCCAGGUACUCUCACUCUGCCCAUGUGAUUGGUGAGAAGCUGGUUGUGGUUGGUGGAGUUUGGUUGCAUUCAGAUGGUGUACCAGGCGGUGUCAUUAUCAACCUGACCACACACAGCAGUGUGGAGUUCAGCCUGGACACGACCUCUGUGCCCUGGCCGCUGAUGCUCCACUCAUUCUGCUCUGAGCAUACAGACCCAGAGGAACCGGAGCUGCUGCUGAUAGGUGGGGGAGGAAACUGUUUCUCCUUUGGGACUCACUUUAACCGUCAGCCUGUCACUGUGGACCUCAGACCUGUGCUGGGAUGAAGUAGCCUGAAGUGUUUCUAUGAAGCUGUUAAGCAGUUCAAAUCAGUGACUAAACUGAGGAGGUUAUGGAUCCAGACUCUAACCAUCGGACAUCUCACACAGGAUGAAAUGGUUAAAUUUAGAUCUGGGACAGUUUGAGUAGAGCCUACUACGCACCAAGUGUUAUUGUUACUGAUCCCUGAAGUGUGGCUGUCUGCUUUAAGUAAGCAAGGGUGAAAAGGUUCAGAAGGCAUUAAACAACUCAUGUAUGGAAAAAUCCAAAGAAAUGUCCUCAGACUGCUCACUGGACAGGUUUUUAUUGGUGAGACCUCAGUUCAAAAUCACAAAAACAAAAUUCUGGUCAAAUAUCUCUAUUUUCUUUUAAUGUGUUGGAUGGAGGUUAAGUCAUUCAGUGAAGCGCCUGAAGGACUGGACCGUGGGACUAACAGCACCCCAGUCGCCAGGCUUGCGGUAUUCCCCCUUCUCCAGGAAGUAUUGCCGUCCGCGGUAGUUGGGGUGCUCAUAGAAAACCCACCAGCCAUCAAAGACUUUGCAGGAGUUGACCUCCCUCCAGCGGAACUUCUCCAGAAGUGAGGGACAGUCCUCUGUGGCCUCGAAGACCUGACCCCCGAAGUCUGCCUUCUCAUACAGCUGCAUCUUGUACAGGGUCCCACUGGUCUGCAGGGUGACAGGAGUG